AAUCUGUUUAUUUUCAAAACAAAAUUCACCACUCUAAAGACUCAAUAAUUGAUCAGUCAACAAAAGCAGUCAAUAUGGUAAACAUCAGGUCCUUAAUAAUUAGCAUAGUUCUGUGCGGUCUUUUGCAAGGAAUUUUAGCUGUUAACAUUAUUAAAAAGGCCGAAUGGGGUGGACUUACGGCUGUGGCAAAAAACGCUCUGGAAAACAAUCUGCAGUAUGUGGUAAUUCAUCAUUCAGCUGGAGCAUACUGCAACACAACUGAGAAGUGCAAAGAACAAAUGCGAAAUAUGCAAUCGUAUCAUAUGAACACAUUGGGAUGGGAUGAUAUUGGUUAUAAUUUUGGUAUUGGCGCCGAUGGAAAUAUUUACGAGGGCCGUGGUUUUGGAAUUCAAGGUGCCCAUGCUUCAAGUUGGAAUGGCAAAUCGAUUGGCAUUAUGUUUAUUGGAAAUUAUAAUGAUCACACACCAACGGACUCUCAGAUUUUGAAAGCAAAUGAAUUACUUACAGAAGCCGUUUCUCAAGGACAUUUAUCAUCAAAUUAUACACUUUAUGGACAUAGACAAGUUGGUUCAACCGAAUGUCCUGGAAAUAAGUUGUUUAAAGAAAUUCAAAAAUGGUCCCAUUGGUGGGAAAGAGUGUGAAAUGGAAAAAAUAUCACUGUGAUAAGAAAAUAAAAAUGUAAUUUUUACCUUAAAUAAGUU